CGGUUUUGUCCGUUUAGGUUAGGUGCCGUGUAAUCGCUAUCAGUGCAAUUACUCGCUGUGUUAGUUUAAUAUAUCCGGGAUAGGUUGGUGAGGUGCAACAGAAACUGUGUAUCCUAUAGUGAACAAAGAAAAACAAUAGACGGAAAGAAAUGGCAGAAAAAGGAGGUUACGGAGCAGCACCUCCGGGCCAGUAUCCCCCGCCCCAAGGUCAAUACCCACCACCUCAGGGCUAUCCUCCGCCGUAUGCCGGCAAUGCCCCACCCCCUCAGCAGCAAUUCAUGGGUCAACAGUCUAGCAGUGUUGUUGUAGUACAGGGGGGUGGCGGAGUAGUGGGCACUGGGAACUGUCCAGUCUGCAGGGUCGGGAUGAUCUCAGAGAACUUUUCGGUUAUCGGCAUCAUCCUCGCGAUAUUGUUCUUCCCUAUUGGCCUUCUCUGCUGCUUCCUGAUGAUGGAGAAACGUUGCAGCCAUUGCGGCGCCACAUUCUAAAGCCAUUUCGGCGCCACGUUCUUAAGCCAUUGCGGCGCCACACUCUAAAGUCCUUGAGGACGCCGACACUAUUGGCGCAUUGUCCUCAAGGCCUACCUGUAACCAUUGCAUGUGAGCCUCGCUAUGGGAAAACGGGGGUUAAGUUUUGUUCGGGGGUUAAUAUUGUACGGGGGUUAUUUUUGUACGUGGGUCAAUAUUGUACGGUUUUUUUUUGUUGUACGUAAAUUGUCGUUCCAGGUUAGCCUGUACAGUUUGCACAGGCUUAUCAUUACCGCUUAAUGGAUUUUUGUCAGGAAGAGACUUUUUGUAAAUGACGAAACCAUUACAGCGGAAAGUUUCGUCCCAUAAUAGCCUGUGCGGCCUGCACAGGCUAAUACGGGUCCACACUUUACGCACAUGUAUUAAACCCCGUUUCCCAUAGCAAGGCAUAUAUGGUAUUCAUAAUUCUAGCAUGCUUAUCUUUAAGCUUAAUAUCAGGCAACAACAAGUGUGCUGUUGUUCAAAUUACGAGUUGGCAAUGAACCAUGAAGACGCAAACACGUAAAUUAUAGUUAUCAUGUCAUCUGAGCAAAUAUUUAAAAAAUCAAGUUUUACGCGAUAUAUGUUUACGAGUAUUGCUAUGUAUAAACAACUGGGAAUAACAAUAUCAUGUUAUAGUUUAUUUUGCUGCAGACGUCCAAAGAACUCUUCAUAGGCCGAUAAACACCGAUAAAUCUUAAUAUGUCUUAUACAUUGAAAUCUUCUUGUUAGAUUUUCGGCGAAACUUGUAUGUUCGGGCAGAUUAAACAAUAUGUAAGUUAUAAAUAAAAACGAACUUAUUUCAUCAGAGAAUUAUAGAAUGAAACAAAUUUAAGCCAUGUUAUAUACGAAUCGUUUAAAAAAGUAAAUUAACAUGCUUUGAAUAAAUCAACUUAAUAUUAAUUAUUUAUCCGAAAAGGUAACAGGUGCUCUUUUGUUUAUAAAAAACAAACAUGUUCAAGUCAAACUUUGCAAUCUCUAAAUUUUAGUAUUUUUUCAAUUUUUCCUUUUAACAUUUUGUUUCUCAGAUUUACAUUUUGAUUCCUUAGACUUCUUGGUACGCAUUUGAUUGUUCAUGUAGAUAUAUAUAUUUUGUUUAUAAAACGUCCAUGACAAAUCAAUUAAACGAAGCUGAAAAGUGUAUAACAUUGUAAUUGUAUUGUAUUGCUUUAAUACUUUAACGGUAUAGGUAGCUUUCGUAUAUCGAACAAAACAUAUUAUUUUAAAUAACAUUUUGUUAUCGUAAGUUUCAAUAGUUUAUGACAUUUUAAAUGUUUCUCUAUGUAACAAUAUAUGUGUACAUAUUGUACUGUUUUUCAAUAAACAUGUAAUUAAUAA